AUGGCCAACGACGCGGUCCAGCCUGCAUCUCCAAUUCUCGGACACGUGCUUCUGGAAAUCGAAGAAGAAAAAGAAGCAGCGAGACUCCGCAAUCGAAGCGACAACAGCACUAAUACAGGGUCUCGGAUCGGGACUGGUUGUUGUUCCGCUAUCGAUGAUGAAGUCUUGGAUGGCGGGUUCGACUACGGCAGUAUCGCCGCGUUGAGCGGAGGAUUGCUAAGGCAAGAUGGAAGAGGGACGCUCAUAGCGUUGCAUACGCUUGCAAACCAUCUCUUGCAAAAUCCACUGAGUGAUGGCGUUGUCAUUGAUACUACGGGUGGCUUUGACGUCUUGUUCUUUGCGGGACUGCUAAGGGCACGACUUGAAAGUGAGUCGGUCUUGUCAGAGCAUCAGCAUCAGCAUCAGCAUGUCGACGCCAAGAUCAAUACGGUGCUAGAUAGGGUCAAGGUCAUGGGCGUAUUUGACUUUUUCGGCGUCAUUGAAGCGGUGGAUGAACUGAGUGCGGUGAUGAGAUUGGAUAUACCAACUCAUCCAGAAGUACGUGGAGAUGCUCCGGCAUUCAAGACAGAAGAUGCAGAAGAUACAGUGUUUAGAGAAGUUGGAGAAGUAGCAGGAAAAGCAGAAAUCGCAGACAGUCAAGAUGAGGACGACGAAGGUGAAGACGAGGAAAUGGAAUCAGAAAAAGAACAUCACACCCCUGAGUUCGCAGAGCCUGGUGCCUCAACGGAGCAAAACGCUACAGGCCAUAGAAACGGCAUCGGCAUGAUCAUCAUCGACAACAUUGUGCAUGUCGUAUCGCCCAUGAUGAAAAAUGACCAUGUGCAAGCUCAUGGCCUUCUGAUGCCAUUUCUCCGUUCCCUGCGCCACUUGACGCACGACUACGACAUUUGCACGAUUCUACUCAACUCAAUUGUCCUCCCACAAACACAGAAAUAUCCUUAUCCUCAUCAGCGGUCCACGCCAUCAGCCUUCCGAUCUGACGAAGAAAGCUUCACCUUCCACGCAGCUUCCCGCGGGCAGAUACCGAAGAACAAUCAUGGAGACUUUGAUGACAACGAUGACGAUGACGGCAGCCGCGUGUCCAUCUUUGCGUCUACGCCGGGAAAACCAGCUCUGGGAAAGAGUUUCGCUCAUUGCGUGGAUACGCAUCUGUUCUUGUCGAGGGUUCCGAAGGGGAUUCGAGACGCAGAAGUCGUGUAUGCGGGCAGUCGAUCGAAUGGUCAUGAUGCGCAAAUGGUGGAUGUGAUUGAAGUCCUUGACGACAGAAAUAGUGCUAGACAGGGGAGAUGGUCUGCUUUUGUGGUGGAUGAGUUUAGGAUUUUGAAUGCCUUUUGA